GUUGAGUUAAAUUGCGGUUACGGCUGGGGAUGCUGCUAUUGCAGCUUAUUAAAUACAUUAUGCAAGUGUAGUGUCGUGCUUAUAAGCUUCUUUCUUCUCUAUCUCUUUCUCAUAUUCUAUCACCUCUAAAUCUCUCAAUGCCGCGAUUUCUCACCGACAUUUUCACCUUUUCACCCAAUACUUUUUCAACCCUACCAUGAACUAACAAAACUCAAAUCCCUAUAACUACCAGUUCCUAUUAAAAAUUCCCCUUAUCUAAUAACUCUAUAGUAUACACAUCUUCAACAAAAAUAACCAAUUGCAUGGAACAGUUACUCGUUCAAUGCGCCAGCGCCAUCGAAACCAACAAUGCGACACAAGCCCAACAAUUCCUCUGGGUCCUUAACAACACCACACCCCAAGAAGGCGACUCCAACCAACGCUUAGCCGCAAGCUUCAUUCGAGCUCUAACCACGCGAAUUCUCGCCAAAACCGGUUGCUGCAAAGCGCUAGAACAAGAAGAUACACAAACUGCGAACGGUUAUAACAAUCUUAACCAUACUAACAGCCUCGCCAUACAAACGCACAAAUUCUCCGUUAUUGAAUUAGCCAACUUCGUCGAUUUAACACCGUGGCAUCGUUUCGGUUACACAGCCGCAAACUCCACCAUUCUAGAAGCUACCAGAGGUUUUCCUGUUAUUCACAUUGUUGAUCUGAGUUUAACACAUUGCAUGCAGAUUCCUACACUAAUCGACGCUAUUGCUAAUCGCGACGAAGUUCCUCCUUCCAUCAAGCUCACCGUUGCAGUUCGAAACAGGAAUGUUCAUCUUCCAAUUCCACCUUUGCUUGAACUUUCUUACGACGAAUUAGGUUCGAAAUUGGUUAAUUUUGCUAAAUCAAGAAACGUGAGGAUGGAAUUCAAAGCAGUUUCUUCGACAUACGCAGACGGAUUCGCUUCUUUAAUCGAACACCUACGAAGGCAAGUCCAAGACUUAGUUUAUAACAAAACUCAUGAAGCGUUGGUAAUAAACUGUCACAUGAUGCUUCAUUAUAUUCCUGAAGAAACUCUAUAUACGAAUAUGAAUACGAAUAAUGGUUCUUCUUCGCUGCGAUCGAUGUUUCUAGAAGCUCUGCGGAGUUUAGAACCGACGAUUGUCGUUCUGGUCGAUGAAGACGCGGAUCUAACCUCGAGUGAUUUAGUGACUAGACUAAGGUCUGCAUUUAAUUAUCUUUGGAUCCCUUUCGACACGGUGGACAUGUUUCUACCGCGAGGGAGUAAAGAAAGGCAUUGGUAUGAAUCAGAUAUUUGUUGGAAGAUUGAGAAUGUGAUAGCAUAUGAAGGGGUUCAAAGAGUUGAGAGAGUUGAGGGUAAAGGUAAGUGGGAGCAAAGAAUGAGAAAUGCGCAUUUUCAAGGGGUUUGUUUCAGUGAAGAUUCGGUUAUGGAGGUUAAAGGGAUGAUUGAUGAACAUGCAGUUGGAUGGGGAUUGAAGAAAGAAGAUGAGUUUCUUUCGCUUACUUGGAAAGGACAUAAUGUCAUCUUUGCUUCAGCUUGGUUACCUUCUUGA